AUGGACAUUGAAAGUAAGAUAGUGAACCCUAGUAACACACUCAAAAUUAAGAUUGCAACAAGUAGUAGUAGCAAAAAACAAAGUCAAGAGAGUUUAGAGAGUUCAAGUUUACCUUCACCAAACACAAAAACUUCCAUAGAAUCAUCAUCACCUUAUGAUCAAUCUCCUCUUGUUUCACCACCUUCAUCAGCAUUUGUUUCAGCUUUGCAAUCUCCAUAUAUAUCUCCAAGAGCCACAAUUCCAAACCCUACUACUACUAUUACUACUACAAAUCCUUCAACUCCAGAAGAUGUUCCUAGUAGUUCCUACACUCCUCCUUCUGAUCCUUAUGAGUUUUCUGAUGACACUUCUGAUACAAAGCUCAAAUUUAUGACAUGUGUUCCUGAAACAGUUCCUCCAAGAAUCUCAUUCUCAUUUCCAGUUCCUAGGGUUUCUUUUGGGAAAACCUCUGUUUCGCCUGCUACUAAAAAUUCCAAACUUGGAAGCUGUGAUGUCUACAUUGGAUUCCACGGACAAAAUCCGAAUCUUAUUCGCUUCUGCAAGUGGCUUAAAUCGGAGCUUGAGCUUCAAGGGGUUGAUUGUUUACUUGCUGAUAGGUCAAAGUAUUCAGAUAUUCAAAGCCAUGAGAUUGCUGAUAGAGUCAUUUGCUCGGUCGCGUUUGGUUUAGUGAUCGUCACGAGUUCGAGUUUCCUCAACCGGUUAAGCAUGGAAGAGGUGAGAUUUUUCGCUCAAAAGAAGAAUUUGAUUCCUAUAUUCUUUGACACAUUGCCUGCUGAGAUUAUGUCACUUCUUAAUUGCAAUUCAAUUGAUAAAGAAUGUAAAGAAGCGAUCGAUGGACUCGUGAAAUGCAAUGAGUUCUGUUUAGAAGCUAAUGAUGGUAAUUUAAGAAGUUGCAUAUCGAAAAUUUCGAGUAUUUUAAGAGCAAGACUUGGUAGGAAGAAUGUUGGUCAUAAGGAUAAUCAUAGUAUGCUAGGGUUUGAGGAUUUGUUACCUUUUCCAAGGAAUGCGUAUUUCGUGGGAAGAGAGAAAGAGAUUAUGGAGAUUGAAGGUUUACUUUUCGGAAAUCGGAAUUUUUGUAUUGAACAAGUUCAAGAUCAUUGCAGAGCAAGUGGUAGCGGACAAAGUGAAGGCCUUGCAGAUGAAGAAAGUGAAACUACGGUUGGAAAAGGCGGUGGUGGAAGGUAUAUAAGCUUAGAGAUAGGGAGGAACAAAGAACCGAAUUUAGAAGCAUGGAUUGAACAACCGAUUAUAGGAAACAAUUCAUUGAAGAGGUUGAAGAACAAGAAGUCGAAAAAUGGAAGCUACAAUAAAGUUUUAUGUAGUAUUAGCAGCGUGGUUUGCAUUAGCGGAGUCUCUGGUAUUGGAAAAUCGGAAUUGGUGUUAGAGUUUGCUCAUAGAUAUUACCAAAGGUACAAGAUGGUUUUGUGGAUUGGUGGUGAAGCUAGGAAUCUUAGGCAGAACAUAUUGAACUUGUCAAGAAAUUUCGGUUUAGAUGUUGGAGCCGAUUCCGAGACAGAAAGAGGUAGAAUUCGAAGCUUCGAGGAGCAAGAAUUAGAAGCGUUCAAGAGAAUCAAGAGGGAACUUUUCGGUGACACGCCUUACUUGUUGAUAAUUGAUAAUCUUGAGACUGAAGAGGAAUGGUGGGAAGGGAAAGAUUUGUACGAUUUGAUACCGAAAAACAACACGGGAGGGACUCAUGUCCUUAUUACUACUAAGCUUUCCAAGGUAAAGAACUAUGAAACGAUUCAUCUCCCUCCAUUGCCGUUAUCUGAUGCAAUGAUUUUGAUAAGAGGAAGAAAAAGAAAAGAGUAUUCGAUGGAUGAAGUAAAUUUCCUCGAAAAAUUCUACGAGAAACUUGGUAGAUUAAGCUUUGGUUUGAUGAUGAUCGGUUCAUUGUUGUCUGAACUUGCCAUUAGUCCUUAUGCGCUCUUCGAGUCGAUUAACCAAGUUCCGCUGAAUGAAGAUUCAAGCUCUGGUUACAUGAGUACUGCACAAGAACAAUGGUGCAAGAACAAUCUUUUCCUCAUGAAGACUUUUCUUUUUUGUUUCGAAACUUUGGAGAAAACUAAAGCGAAAGGGAAUGUUCUUGCUGUUAGAAUGCUUCUUGUUGGUGGUUGGUUUUCUCCUGCUCCAAUCUCAGUCAGUUUGUUAACCAAUGCAGCGAAGAGUGUUUCCGCAAGCGAAAACCAUCUCAAGAAAUGGACAAACUGUACAAGCCUGACAUCGAGUUGUUUACCACCGCGCACGUGGAAAGACGAAGAAGACUCGGCUACGCUACUUGUGAAAUUUGGACUAGCAAAAAGGACUAAUCUACACGACGAUGGAAUCUGGCUUCAUUUCCAUUCCAUAACACAAACAUUUGCUAAAACAAAAGGUGGCUUGAAAUACGCAAAGGCAACGAUUCAAGGAGUAAGGAAAACAAGCAACCAUGUAAUCUCAGAUCAUCUAUGGGAAUCCGCUUUUCUUGUUUUCGGAUUCAAAUCCGAGCCACCGGCCGUGGAGCUAAAGGCAACCGACAUGGUUUUAUACAUCAAAAGAACAGCUCUUCCCCUCGCAAUCCAAGCCUUCACCUUGUUUUCGAGAUGCAGUUCCUCUUUAGAACUCUUAAAAGUCUGCACGAACGCACUCGAGGAAGUUGAAAAAUCUUUUGUGACUCAAAUACAAGAUUGGUCUCAUGACUCAAUUUGUUGGAAGAAAAGGUUGCAAAGAAGACAGAAAGUUGAUGAAUAUGUGUGGCAAGAUGUUACAUUAUUGAAGGCAACAUUGCUUGAGACAAGAGCUAAGUUGUUAGCUAGAGGAGGAGAGUUAGACAGUGGUAAGGAACUUUGUAGGACAUGUAUUAGUAUUAGAACUGUGAUGCUUGGACAUAGCCAUGCACUAACCUUAGCUGCUCAAGAGACACUGGCUAGGUUGGUGAGAAUGAGGAGUAAGAUAUGA